AUGCCGCCUCCUUCAGCGUCCUCCAGCCCGAAUCCAGCCUGUCCAUCUUCCUCUUCGCCCUCCGCAGACGCCGCCUCUCCUGACGCUGCCUGUGCCUCCCGCUGCGAAACAUAUUGCGCAUGCCGCUGCGUGACCGCGUCCCCCAGCGCCCGGGCGCGGCGCUGCGGCGGCACUCCGCCUCGCGCCUCCUCUGCAGCGCAUGUCCGUCGGCCUGCUGCAGAGUUUUCCUCGUUCUCUUCUUCGGCUGCGCCUGCGUGGGCGUGCUGCAGGUCUGCCUCCUGCCGUUCGUCGCCGUGCGCACCACGCUCGCGCGCGUCGCCGCCUACUUCUUCGCCCUCUGUCUUCUCUGCGUCCACAGCGCGUCUGCCUUCCUGCUGCGCGCUGACUGCGGCGGCAGUCUGUGCGUCUGCCGCCUCUCCGCUGCCGUCCGCCGCGGCUUCGCCGGCCGUUUCCGAGGAGCUUCCGCCCCGCCCGCCAAGUCUCCGCAGGGCUUCUUCUGCGUCACGCCCGGAUCUGGUCGACUCGGCGGCGGAUCGCGAAUCACGCGCCGCGACUGACGGCGCGCAGAUGUCCACAGAGGUCUACGGCUUCGUCUCCUGGAUCGCCUCGUUCGCCGCCGUUCUCUUCUUCUUUCUGUGGGCCGCAGUCCCCCACAAGUACUUCCACCGGCUCUCCAUCAACUACCUCAUUGAUCCGUACUGGGCGCUUGCGUUUCCGGUCAUCUUCUUGAUCUGCGUCGCCACGACUUUCUUCCUCUACACGGCGCUCAACCUGUUGAACACGCCCUCUCUGGAGUCUCUCGAUCUCCUGCCAGACUCUUCUCACCUCGCCGGCGUGCCUGAGCAGGCCCACAGGACGCUGUGGCGGGCUGCUGCCGUCUCGUCGGCCGCCGUCGCAAGUCUGGCUUCCGGCGCGGAGGCGGCUCCUGAUGUGUCUUCAGUGCGUCCGUCGCCUCCGCCGCGCCGUUGUCAGGUCCCUGUUAUCCACGAUCUGCCGCCUGGCGUCGUGAACAGAAUUCUGUUUCCGCUUGCUGCCGCCGGUCACGGGCGCGAGGCUGCGCACGGCAGCUUCGAAACCGAGAAAACGCCUCGAUGCCGACGUUUGAUUGCGUAA